AUAAACAAAACAAACAAAAACAACAUCACAUACAAUCAAUACAACCACAACAAUCACAAGAUGAAAAAAAUAUAUAUAAUAUAAAAAAAUUAACAAAUUUUUGGAAUUUUAAUUUAAAUAAUCAAUUAUAUUUUUUAAAUAAACCAGUAAUACAGUAUAAUAACCAAUCACCACAGUAUUUGGAUUUAUUAGAAUAUUUUAACAAGUUAUUUUCGGUAUCCUCGAGAUAUUUAAAAUUCUAUGAAUUAAUUUCAGAACUCUUCCUCCCAAACGGUAUUAUCACUUCAAAGAGAUUGGUGCCAUCUUUAAUUAAAUAUAUGCAAGUUUGUCUAAAGUCCAAAAAACUUAAUCAAUUAAAUAAUAUCAUGGAACCAUACAAAAAAAGUAAUAGUGGUUUUGAAUUAAUUAAAGCUCAAGUUCUAGGUAUGAUAUUGCACUAUAGCUUUUAUAGAGGUUUAGAGUCAUUGGAGUCCUAUAUAUUUUCCAAUUUCGUUAACAGCUUAACACACAGCAUUAGAUUUAAAGAGGUACUAUACAAUACAGCUAUUUUUUGUUCAUUAGAGGUCGACGAAUACGGUAAAGCUCUUCAUUUUUCCGAUUUAAAGAAAAUUGCAAUCAAUAAAGCCAUCGAAAAAGAAAGUGCGGUCAAAUCACAUAUGGAUUUCAAACAUGAUUUCUAUUAUCCCUUUAUAGCUUAUCAUCAUAUCAAUAGAAAUGAAAUGUCAUUACAGUUUUGGAUAG